CUUUGCUUCUAUUCCCGGGCUUAUUCCACCCGGAAUACUUAUUCCGCGCGGAAUAGCGAGCUCGGCCACUUAUUCCGACUCCCAUUUAUCCCGUUUCCCAAUCCCGCACGCACAAUUCCACACGCGAAAUUAGGGCGAGGAGGAGGCGUUGCGGAGUAGUUCGCGCGAUCUCCGCUUUCGCUAAUUCAAUGGCGGAGCGAGAAUAAGAACCCUACGCUGUUCCUUCUCCCUCUCUCGUUCCCUUCCCCUGCGAUUCGCGGAAUAGGGUUUGGAUUACGAAUUAUGCAAGCGAGUUCAUGGAGGAGCAUACCCAUUGUGCGGAAUAGGGUGUGCUCGUCGACCCAAUUCGCGCAAUUCCAUUCCACGCCCCUAUCAUUAGCCAAAUGGAAGAGUAAAUUCGAUUACAAGGGUGAAAGAAGCAGUCAAAAACCAUGUAAGAAUUACAUCAGAUAUGCAGUUCGCCGAAAGCGUGCAGAAUCAAAGAAAGCUCUUAAAGACUAUCUUCUUUACGGCAAAUCUUCACAUCUAAACUUUCAGGAUGCAGAUGUAAAUUGGUUUGCUGAUUCGCAUGGAUGUGACAAUAUUCCUCGUGUUAAACGUUGUGGAAAAUCCAAUCGUCACAGUUCCUCCCACUCUGGGAAAGGCAAAAAUGGUGGGAGCAAGUGUUGGCAAAGUAACCAAAGUUUUUAUGACUUUCAUGACGAAGAUGAUUUCAUUCAUCCUGGUUCAGUAUUUGAAACUGUAUUUGGUCGGCACCGAGGUUUUGCUUGGUCUUACAUAUUGUGGGAGAACUUCCGUUUAAAUGAUACAAAAUUUACAUUCAAAUGGAGUGAUGAGUCACGAAGGCAAAAAGCACGAAAAAGAAUAUGGAGUGAAAGUGAUGAUGAUGGUGAUGAUGAAUCAACUAAUGUAGGCUCACAAGCCCAUAGGGUUACUCUGGGGUUGCCGCUUACUGGACCUUUAAAACUAGACGAGGUCAAAAGCGCUUUUCGUGUAUCUGCUUUGAAGUGGCAUCCUGACAAGCAUCAAGGCCCUUCACAGAGCAUCCAGUGGGCUUCUAACUUGUUGGAGCUCACGGAUUUUUUCAUGUAGUGAGGUGAUCACGAAAAAUUUCUCACUCACAAUCCGACUUUCUCAUGCUCAGAGCGGGGAAACUUUCUAUGUCGCUAAUGUGUACGGCCCUCCAUCUUGGGAGGGUACGGAUGAUUUCUGUAUGGAACUGCUGCUCUUUAGGGAUAUCUGUAAGGGUGGCUGGGUUGUCUGUGAUGAUUUUAACUGUACCAUAAGUCUAGCUGAACGGAGAGGCGGAAUGUGGAGCAAUAGAGUGAGACGUAUGUUCGAUGAUCUUAUUCGGAAUCUCGCGCUUUUGGAGUUGCCUAUGGUAAAUCAAUUAUUCACUUGGUCCAGCUCUUGCGAAAUAAGAUCAUCUCCUCAUUUCGACCGAGCGGAAUUUGAAAUUUCCACUUUCGAAGGUAGAGGCAGUUUCCAGAAUUAUCACAGAUCACUGUCCAAUUCUUCUUUCUAUUGGGGUAAGACAGAGGUAGUGUUUUUAGACUUGAAGAUGUUUGGUUGAAAAUUAAGAAUUUUCUUUCAAGUCCCCUGGCAUGCUAGAGAGAACUGGAGACUCAUGGGAUUAUAGUGUUAUCUUUUACGACCAAACUGCGCCACUGUCAUAAACAGAUACGAGAGUGGUGUGCGAACAAUUCUUAUAAUAUCAUGAAAGCAAAAUGAGUACUAUUGCAAGAAAUUUAGUAUAUAGACGGAGUAGAGGAGUUCCAGGUCUUAACGAAGGAGUUAAUUGACAAAAGGGAGAACCUUAAAGGUAGGUUUUCAGGUGCACUUGAGAACGGCGAAGUGUUGUGGAAACUCGGACAUGGAAAUACAAAGUUUUUCCAUGCAAUAACCAAUAACAGAAUGGCGUUCUAACGAGAUUAGGGCGGUAGAGGACAAAAUGGAGAAAAAUUGCCGUUCAUGGAGAUUAGAGUGAACUUUUCCAAACCAGGCGAGUUUCGAACCCUAAACAGCUAACUACCCCCUUUACUAUGGAAUAGAUUAAGAGAGUUGUGUUCCAACUAGGAGAUGACAAAGCGCCAGGUCCAAAUGGUUUCUCACUUGAGUUUUUAUUAGAGCUUUUGGGACGUGUUUAAUAUUUUCAUUGAGUUGUAUGAUGGACGGAUCUCCACACGUCCUAUUGAUUUUUCUUAUUUCAAGGUGCAAUGUGAUCCAAUUAUUUUCGACCCGUUAGUUUAUUGAAUGGGAUACAGAAGACAAGUUCAAAAGUACUGGAGUGGCAAAUAGACUGAAAGGAAUCAUACAAGCCCUUAUUUUCACAUCCCAGUUAGCUUUUCUUAAAAGUAAACUAUUGUUCGAUGCUUUUGUCAUAGCGAGCAAAUUGGUUGUGUGGGGCUGUAAAGAAAAUAGAGGGGGUUGGGGUGAUGGUGGAUGUUGAAAAUGCUUAACCAGGAUAAUGGAAGCGGCAAACACACACGAUCUGAUCAAAGGCAUUGGACCCUCUAUGGAUAGUUUGGCGACUCUCAUUUAGUACGCCGACGGCACUCUAUUCUCUUGUGAGACAGAGAAGAAGUAUUUGAAGAAUAAUUGAUUUUUGUAUUUUUCGAUCG